AUGCCUUAUUAUAUCACCAUAUUCUCGUUUUUAUUGUUCGUGCUGUUAUAUCUUCAUAUGUCACGGUCAAUUAUUAAUGAAACUUUAACUAUAGCUUAUGUUUCGCCUGAUUUUUAUGUGGAUAAAACAAUCAACGGAGUUCCAUUUCUCAUUUUGAAUUAUAUCGGUGUAUUAAUGUGUUCUAAAGAGUGUUUGGACAGAACGCUGUGCAAAGCAUUACAACAUGAAAAACUUAAAUGUUCAUUACAUGACAGAGUUAUCCUUGAAAACCAGUUAAUUUAUAAAAAGGGUUCAAUUUUCAGCUUUAAAUCAAAUUCAACAGAAGAUAUUUUCGGGAAGGUAUCAGGAAGCUGUGGGAAUGGUACAUGCCCUGAUGGUCAGAAAUGUAUAAUAUCAAACAGUGGAAAUCAUACAUGUGUUUUAACUGAAUGUCCGAAUAUCCCAGCUCUGCCAUUAAAUAGGACAGUGUUUGAAAGACAACGUGCAGUUGGCGCCAGAGUUGCUGUAACAUGUAAAUAUAGAGAAGUGGGUUCUCCUUUUACAACCUGCAAAGCAGAUGGCACUUGGACUCCUAUUACGCAUUACACAUGUUAUACGAUUUGUACACCAGUAAGACAAUACAAACGUUAUACAGUCAAUUCUUCUGCGGUUAUCAUUGGAACUAAUCUGACUUUCACAUGUAAACGAGAAUUAUCAUUGAUUGGUACGGCGUAUAAAAAAUGCCUCUCUAAUGCCUAUUGGAGUAAUUUGAGUUAUGGUUGCAUGUAUGCACGAUCUUGUACUCAUGGUAAAAUGCGUCAACUAUCCGUUAUUCCAACAUUAAAGAUCGACCCACAAGGAUAUCCGUCGAGAGACGCAUUUACUGUCCAAUGUAAAGAUGAUAAAGGUUCUGCAUGGACUGUGAUUCGUGAGUAUAAAACUUUGUAUACUAUGUAUAUCAGACGAAUAUCUCGGACGAAAAUAUUAAGACAUGUACUUGGAUCUCAGCUCCGUUCUUGGUCUAUUAACACUUUUCGACAUGGCGUUGCCUGUCUUCAUCAAUCCAAUCAGAUGCACAAGAAUUUACAGAGAUUCUGUUGUAACUUUAUGACACCAGCUAUUAACCUAUCUGAAAUAUACAUUAAUGCUUCAACAGAAUCGGAUAUAAACGGUACCAUCAGUAUAAAGUUAAGUUAUGAACAAUCCAUAUUUAGAAUAAAAAAGUUGAUACAAGUAUCCACUUUCUGCCACCAGUAUGUUACUUAUAGGUGCUUAAAUUCACCUAUACAUGAUUUGGUAAACGAAUUUACAUCUAGAUUUCUGAAAUCAAAUGGUGAAGCUCUUGAUUAUUUUCCUGGUGGAGCGAGAGGGCAAAAUAAUUGUCGAUGUAAUGAGACGAGUGGAUGCGCUGGUGAUAAUUUAUGCAAUUGUGACGUGACCGAUAACGAGUGGAGACUGGACGAAGGUUAUAUUUCGAAUAGGAGCGAUUUACCGUUAACAACGUUUAUAACUAAUAAACGCUUAGAUAAGGAAUUGAAUUUAACAAUUGGUAAUUUGGAAUGUCGAGGUUUACGACCUGACUUAGAACGGAGGGAAAAAUGA